AGUUUUGUCUCAGAGUUCAGUUAUUCAUCCCUUUGGUUUAUGUGAUUGCUCUUUUUUCCACAAUUUUCGCUGUUGUUUCUGCAUCCAACGAGGUAUGUCAAUGUUUCUGUAUUUGAUUUGACCUUUUUUCUUGUUAUCUAAUCCUAAGUCUACUAAGAUUAACUUGUGUAUUUGAGUUGAUUGCUCGUCUUUCUUAUGUUUUGAACUUAACGAACAGAUGAUUAAACUCUCCGUUUCUGAAAGGAACUCCGAAAUUUGAAAAUAAUCAAUAAGAGUCAGAGUAGCAAGUUUGUAAUUUUACAAUAAUGACAAUAACAUACAUAAGAAUUUUGAGCUAAUGAAACGGUCCCUUUUUUGGAAUCUCAACUUUGAGGAGUUAAACUCCUCAAAUCUCAAAACCUUAUGAUUUCAUAUUUGUAAUAAAACACCCACAAAAAUAAAAUAAAAUUGAGGAGUUGGAAUGUUGGAUUAAUAUUGGCAUUAUUAUAUAUUGAGUGUUGAAAUUGGUUAUUCUAAUUGAAAUGUGACUAUUUUAUAGAGCUAAAUUCUUAUAAGUAUGGUAUUUUUAAUUAUGUGUAAAUUAUGCGCCUGUCCUUUAGUUCCUGCUUUUCGUUCAAGCUCCACAGACCUUGUUACUUUUUUGCGCUUUAAUAACACUAAAUUUUGGAAAGGAAUGAAUAUUUUUAAGUUAGACAGAAAGCGACAGUCUGGUGUGGAUUGUUAGUUGUUUCUUUGUCUUUUUGUAUUCAAUAAACUUAGGAUUAGUUAGAAAAGGUUGGAUCUUUGUGGUGGAAUUCUUGUUUUGUGUACCUAUGCAAAAAAAUAGUACAACAACAAUAAAUCCAGUGUAAUCCCACAAGUGGGGUCUAGAGAGGGUCUUAUGAAAAUAGAGAGGGUGUUUCCGGUAGACCCUCGGCUCAAGGAACAGUGAACUGAAUCAACAAACAAUAACAACAAUAAGGUAAUAGGGCAAUGGAAGCGAAUAGCACAACAUGUACUAAUAACGAACCAGGAAUAAGCAAAUACAACAAUAGGACUAGUUUUACUGACAAGCCUAGGAGAGACUCACAACUAAUCUGUCAACCUUCAACCCUAAUACUCGUCCUCCACGCCUUCCUAUCGAGGGUCAUGUUCUCGGUAAGCUGAAGCAGUGACAUGUUCUGCCUAAUCACCUCACCCCAGUACUUCUUACCCGACCCUUACUCAGACCCGCCAUGAUCAACCUCUCACACCUCUUAACCGAGGCAGCUAUUCUCGUCUCAUCACGUGCCCGAACCAUCUCAGCCUCGAUUCUUGCAACUUGUCCUGCACAGGGGCCACUCCCAUCAUGUCCCUAAUAACUUCGUUCCUAAUCUUGUCUUUUUUGUUGUGUCCAUCUCAACAUCCUCAUUUUCACUACUUUCAUAUAUGAAAAAAUAGUGGAUGCCAAAAAUGUUGGCACGAAGGGAAAUGAGACAGGAGCUUUUCCUUUUGAUAGAAAUUGGAGAAAGUUUCAAAAUUUGAAUGCAUUGGAAAUGAAGAGUAGUUGAAUCUUCUGGUGUGUUUCUAAGAAGCUGACUUAUAUCAUUUUCCCUUCUGCUUUUGUACUCAAUGAACGAGAAAUUUCAAAUUUGUGGAGGACCUCUCAUUUGAUUCAUGAUGGAUGUUUUGUGAUGCCGCAUUUGUUUAUGGAGAUUCUGGGUGCAAUGUUCCACCGUCAGUUUCAUCAAAGAUACUGAUAAAAGGAGGAACAGUAGUGAAUGCUCAUCAUAAGGAGGUCACAGAUGUGUAUCUAGAAGAUGGAAUAAUCGUGGCAGUGCAGCCUAACAUUAAGGUUGGUGAUGAUAUCAAAGUCAUUGAUGCAACUGGAAAGUUUGUCAUGCCAGGAGGAAUUGAUCCUCAUACACACCUCGCUAUGGAAUUUAUGGGUUCUGAGACAAUUGAUGACUUCUUCAGUGGACAGGCGGCUGCAUUAGCUGGUGGAACAACAAUGCAUAUUGACUUUGUUAUUCCGGUAAAUGGAAGCUUAUCUGCAGGUUAUGAAGCUUACGUAGAGAAAGCAAAGAGGUCAUGCAUGGAUUAUGGUUUUCACAUGGCAAUUACAAAAUGGGAUGAAACCGUUUCAGAGGAUAUGGAAAUUAUGGUCAAGGAGAAAGGUAUCAACUCUUUCAAGUUUUUCCUUGCCUACAAAGGCUCUUUUAUGGUUAAUGAUGAGCUUCUGAUGGAGGGAUUGAAGAAAUGCAAAUCCCUUGGGGCCUUAGCUAUGGUUCAUGCAGAAAAUGGGGAUGCUGUAUUUGAAGGUCAAAAAAGAAUGAUCAAACUUGGUAUUACUGGUCCAGAGGGACAUGCAUUAUCAAGGCCUCCAGUGCUGGAGGGAGAGGCUACUGCUCGAGCUAUUCGUUUGGCUGGCUUUGUGAACACUCCGCUGUAUGUUGUUCAUGUCAUGAGCAUUGACGCGAUGGAAGAAAUUGCCAGAGCUCGGAAGUCAGGUCAGAGAGUUGUCGGGGAGCCAGUAGUUUCAGGUUUAGUUCUUAAUGAUUCAGUACUUUGGGACCCUGAUUUCCAUUUCGCAGCCAGUUAUGUCAUGAGCCCGCCAAUCAGAGCAGCAGGUCAUGGAACAGCUCUUCAAGGAGCUCUUGCAAUGGGGCUUCUGCAGCUGGUAGGAACUGAUCACUGUACCUUCAAUUCAACUCAGAAAGCUCUAGGAAUUGGUGAUUUCCGCAAAAUACCAAAUGGUGUUAAUGGUAUGGAGGAGAGGAUGCAUUUGGUUUGGGAUACAAUGGUGGCAUCUGGUCAAAUAUCUGUCACUGAUUAUGUCCGCAUAACAAGCACUGAAUGUGCUCGGAUUUUCAAUAUCUAUCCAAGGAAGGGAGCAAUACUUGUGGGGUCUGAUGCAGAUAUAAUCAUAUUAAAUCCAAAUUCUAGCUUCGAGAUUAGUUCAAAGUCUCACCAUUAUAGAACAGAUACCAAUGUCUACGAGGGUUGGAGAGGCAAGGGAAAGGUUGAAGUUACAAUUGCAGGAGGAAGGAUUGUUUGGGAAAAUGAUGAGCUGAAAGUCGUUCCUGGUGCUGGCAAGUACAUUGAAAUGCCACCUUUCAGUUAUCUCUUUGACGGGAUAGACAAGGCAGAUGCAAAGUACCUCGCUUCCUUGAGAGCUCCCGUAAAACGGUCAACAACUUGAGUUGGCAAAUUCAAUUUUCAUUUUGAGGAACAGAAAGUUUGUCUCAUUCAACUUGUAAAUACAGAACAACAAUCAUAAGAACAUCCACCCUCCUGCAGUUGUAGCUGGGCCCUUGGGCACAUAAUGUUAUUUUUUAUGUUUAUUCCAUAAAGGAUAUUAUACAAUGGUGUAAAGCUGGAUUACUGAAUGGAGAUUCAGAUUUUACCUCA